AAUCUAUUUCACAUAUGACGAUAUCAUGGGGUAUCCGUGGGGCAUCCAUGAACACCAAUCUCUACCGCUUUUCCAUCGUCAGCGAUCCUAAACCCCUUAAAAAAAACCCUUCACUGAAUCCUUCAAGAACGCAACACAAAUUCAUAUUUUCAUGCAAAUUUUGUAUUUUCUUUCACCACCAAACACACACACAACUAUGAAUUCAACACUUCUGAGAACAUCACCAUUCAUCCAUCGUCGCCCUUUACACUCUUCACGAAUCCCGGAGCCUUUUGCCCCCUUUCGAUACCAUGUCAAUACAAAACCAUUAUGGAAACACAAGCUUCAGAUUUCACGAACCUCUAGUUUCUUCGAUGCCAAAGUAUACCCAAAGAAUCCCAUAACCAGAGAAAUUGUACCCGAAGAAUCUACCAAAGAUUCGUCAAGAAAAGAGGGUUUUGAGAAGUUUGGGGGUUUAUUGAGAUGCGGAUUUCUUCUCGGUCUGUUGGUUUUGGGGGUAAUUCGAUGCCAAAGAGCUCUCGCAUUUGAUCCUGGUAGCGAUUUAGGGGUUUUGGCACAGACGGGCGUUGUUCAUACGCAAGGCUUCUGGAAUGGGCCCAAAAUUUCACAGAUUUUCCGAGUUUUCAGAGAACAAGGUUUGAUUUUAGCCGCACUUUUGGGCUUAUCUGCCUUCUUCUCCAUGGCCGAGACUUCGAUCACCACUCUUUCCCCUUGGAAGGUGAGAGAGUUAGCUGAAAAAGAAGAUGAAAAUGGCGUCUUCAAGCUCCUUCGUACCGAUAUCACACGAUUCCUCACCACCAUUCUCAUUGGCACAACUGUAGUCAACAUUGGAGCUACUGCACUUUUUACAGAAGCAGCAACAACAGUGUUUGGUGAAGCUGGUGUUAGUGCAGCAACUGGUGUCAUGACUGUUGUUGUAUUACUUCUCACUGAAAUCACACCCAAAAGUAUAGCUGUUCAUAAUGCUACUGCUGUUGCUAGGGCUGUGGUUCGUCCAGUUGCAUGGCUCUCAAUUGUUUUAUAUCCAGUUGGAAGAGUUGUAACUUUUCUUUCAAUGGGAAUGCUUAAAAUUCUUGGUUUAAAAGGGAAAAGUGAGCCAUCUGUGACAGAAGAUGAACUCAAGUUGAUGUUGAGGGUUGCUGAGUUGAGUGGGGCCAUUGAGGAAGAAGAACAAGAUAUGAUUGAGAAUGUGUUGGAGAUAAAAGAUACUCAUGUGAAAGAGGUUAUGACUCCUCUUAUAGAUGUAGUUGCAGUUGAUUCUGGAGCAACAUUAGUUGAUUUUCAUCAAUUAUGGGUGACUCAUCAAUACUCUAGGGUGCCUGUAUUUGAGCAACGAAUUGAUAACAUUGUGGGUGUGGCGUAUGCAAUGGAUUUGUUGGAUCUUGUUCAGAAAGGAGAUAUGCUGGAAACUGCUAUGGUGGGAGAGAUUGCUCAUAAGCCUGCUUAUUUUGUCCCUGAUUCAAUGUUGGUUUGGAAUCUUCUUAGGGAAUUUCGCAUCCGGAAGGUCCACAUGGCAGUUGUUCUUAAUGAAUAUGGAGGAACAGUUGGAAUCGUAACCCUUGAGGAUGUUGUUGAAGAAAUUGUUGGUGAAAUCUUCGAUGAGAAUGACUCAAAGGAGGAAAUUGAUAGAAAAACUGGGAAUAUUGUGAAGAGAGGGGAUGGAGUCUUUGAUGUUGAUGCAAAUACAUCAAUUGAUCAACUUUGUGAAGAUUUAGAUAUUAUUUUGCCAGAGGAUCAUCAAUAUGAGACAGUUUCAGGGUUUAUAUGUGAAGCAUUUGGAUAUAUACCAAGAACAGGUGAAAGUGUUAAAGUAAUUCUUAAAAAAGCAAAUGAAGAAGAAGAUGAUGAGAGUAAACAAGAAAAUAAGAAUGAAGAUCAGAAAGAAAAAUCCCAAACAUUCAAGCUUGAGAUAUUGGCAGGAAAUUGUAGAAAAGUAAAUACAGUAAGAUUUGAAAGAAUAAACAAUCAUUCAGCAAAAGAAAUCAAGGAAGCAGCUCGAAUCAUUCCAAGAUUUUGGAAAAAAAAUUGGAAAAAUUACGAAAGCUCAGGAAGUGGUGAUGAUGAAACAUUUUAUCAAGAAACACCCCAAACCACCACCAUUAACAACAACCAAUGACCAUCAUCAUCAUCAAGGUUUUUGAGGUUCUGUUUGCUUGGUGUAUAUAUUGAGUCCAAGAGAAAGAGAAUCUUGAAAACAGAGUCUAGGCUGCACCGAUGACCUAACCGGUGGUGGCUCAUAACGGUUAGUUUGACUUUGACUUUGACUUUGACCUUGACCUUCAGGAAACAACUUUAAAAUCUCCAUCUCUUCCCUCUUCUCUCUCAUUCUCUCAAGCUGCCGGAAUCUUUCUUGCAGUAGAGCUAUAGAAGAAGCACCACCACCACCUCCACCACCGCCACCUGCCGCCAUCAACUUGCCGCCUUGCCUUCCCAUGGGAUGAAGAACUAUCACUAAUGUUUUUAGUUUGUGGGAUAUUUGUUAAUUUUUUCUGUUGAACCUAUUGAUGGUUUUCUUUGUGAGUGUUAUAUAUAUAAUGUGGGGGUGUGUUUUUUAGUUUAUAAUAAUAUUUGUUUUGGAGAGUGAGCCUCCCUUUGUGGAUUCUUGAUGACGUCAUUGGGGUAUAGAAUCGGCUAAUGGAGCACAAGAUCCAAGGGGAAAAAAGAAGGGUGAAGGCAAAAGGACUUUUUGAAGGAAAGAAAGGGUGAGGGAGUGAAAACAAGAGGACAAAGAGGAAAAGAGUGGGAGUGUUUGGAAUUUUGUGUUUGUGAGAAUAUAAGGUUAGGUUUGAUGCUGUGGUCAGGGUUUUUGUAUUUUUUUAUUUUUAUUUUUGAGUGCUUUAAGCUUUGUAGAAGAUGACAACGUUUUUGGUUUUUUGUUUAUGGAGUUUAUGUAUAUGUUUCUAUUCCAAAAUAUUGCUUCUGAUUUACUAUAUAGUAUGAUGGGAAUUUGCUAUAAAAUCGUUCGUGUUAUGAUGGGAA